ACAGCCUGGGUGUUCACACUGCCGUUUUGUGGGCUCAAGAAGAUUAACUACUUCUUCUGUGAUAUUCCCCGACUCAUCAUGCUCUCCUGCACUGACACCUCUUCAUACGAAAAGCAGACCAUUACAGCCACAGCACUGGUCAUCUUCGCACCGUUUUGUCACAUCCUAGUAUCCUAUGCCUGCAUCAUCUCCAGCAGCCUGAAGAUCUCCUCUGCAGAGGGCAGGCAAAAGACCUUCUCCACCUGUUUCUCACACCUUACUGUUGUAACACUAUAUUAUGCAAGUGGAACCUUGAUUUACUUACAUCCAAAAUCCAGUAAUUCACAAGACACUAAGAAAGUCCUAGCUCUUGUAUACACAACCAUAAUUCCCAUAUUAAACCCCCUGAUUUACAGCCUGAGAAAUAAAGAAGUGAAAGGAGUACUAAUCAAAAUUAUAGCUGAGCUGAGGAAGGGGGAACAUAAGGGACAAUUUACCUUCUUCUCUGCUAGCCUGAUAACGCUCGGGCCGGUGCCGGGACACCCGGGUGCCCGCCCUGCUGCGGCAGCAGCUGAGCCUCUGGGCGCUGUGGCCUGCGGCCUGCAAUCCCCCACCAUCAUCGGGACGCUCAGUAUCGG